UCUCUGCGCGACGCGCGCGCCUCCCUUUCUUGCGUGCAGCUCGUGGUGGAAGAUGUCGGUCAUGGAGGGUCCGCUAAACGUGCUCGGUCAGAGGACGACGGGUGAGUCCGUUCGGACUCAGAACGUGAUGGCCGUGUCUUCCAUCGCCAACAUCGUCAAGAGCUCCCUGGGGCCCGUGGGUCUCGACAAGAUGCUCGUGGACGACAUCGGGGAUGUGACCAUCACCAAUGAUGGCGCCACCAUCCUGAAGCUCCUGGAAGUGGAGCACCCGGCCGCCAAGGUGCUGUGUGAGCUGGCUGAGCUGCAGGACAAGGAGGUUGGAGACGGGACAACGUCAGUGGUGAUCAUCGCUGCAGAGCUGCUGAAGAGUGCGGAUGAACUGGUGAAGCAGAAAAUCCACCCCACGUCGAUCAUCAGCGGCUACCGUUUGGCGUGCAAGGAAGCCGUGCGCUACAUCAACGAGAACCUCACUAUCCCUACCGAGGACCUGGGGAGGGAGUGCCUGGUGAAUGCAGGCAAGACCUCCAUGUCGUCCAAAAUUAUUGGCGUGGAUGCAGACUUCUUUGCCAACAUGGUGGUGGACGCGGCGAUGGCCGUCAAGUUUGUGGACACGAAGGGCGUGGCCCGCUAUCCUGUCAACUCGGUGAACGUUCUCAAGGCCCAUGGGCGGAGUCAGAAGGAGAGUUUCCUGGUCAAUGGCUAUGCCCUCAACUGUACCGUGGGAUCGCAAGGGAUGGUAAAACGGGUGACCAACGCCAAGGUGGCCUGUCUGGACUUCAGCCUGCAGAAAACCAAGAUGAAACUUGGUGUCCAGGUGGUAAUUAGCGACCCAGAGAAACUGGACCAGAUCAGACAGAGGGAGUCGGACAUCACGAAGGAGCGCAUCCAGAAGAUUCUUGCCGCUGGUGCGAACGUCAUCCUGACUACUGGGGGCAUCGAUGACAUGUGUCUCAAGUACUUUGAGGACGUCGGCGCCAUGGCUGUGCGUCGAGUCCUGAAGAGGGACCUGAAGCGUAUUGCCAAGGCGACGGGCGCCACCAUCUGCUUGUCCCUGUCCAACCUGGAGGGAGAGGAGACAUUUGAGGCCUCGCUGUUGGGGCAGGCAGAGGAGGUGGUGCAGGAGCGCGUGUGUGACGACGAGCUCAUCCUCAUUAAGAACACCAAGGCUCGCACCUCUGCUUCCAUCAUCCUGCGCGGCGCCAACGACUUCAUGUGCGAUGAAAUGGAGCGGUCGCUGCACGACGCUCUCUGUGUGGUCAAACGAGUGCUGGAAUCCAAGUCUGUUGUACCGGGAGGAGGAGCAGUAGAAGCAGCCCUGUCCAUCUACCUAGAGAACUACGCCACCAGCAUGGGCUCCCGCGAGCAGCUGGCCAUCGCUGAAUUCGCCCGCUCCCUGCUGGUCAUCCCCAAAACCCUGGCGGUGAACGCUGCUCAGGAUUCCACAGACCUGGUGGCCAAGCUGAGGGCUUUUCACAACGAGGCACAGGUGAACCCUGAGCGCAAGAACCUCAAAUGGAUCGGUCUGGACCUGAUCAACGGGAAGCCCAGAGACAACAAGCAGGCAGGGGUUUACGAGCCAACCCUCGUGAAGACAAAGAGCCUGAAGUUUGCCACCGAGGCGGCCAUCACCAUCCUCCGCAUCGACGACCUCAUCAAGCUCUUCCCAGAGAAGAAGGAGGGCGGCGCGUCGUACAGAGAUGCUGUGCAGUCGGGGGCACUGGAGGACUGAGCGCUUCUUCCCAACCACACACCCACUUUCCGUUGUGUUCUGUAGGAUGUAGGCCUUGCACUUAACUCACAUCUGCAAACUGUUGUUUUGGACAUGUAAUAAAUAGCUCUAAAUGGA